AUGCUGCAACGAUUCGCCAUCCCCGCGGCCAAACUGCUUCGCAGCAAAAGCCACAUCGUCCCUGGCCAGCUUCUCGUCACCGAGCACUUCUUCCAGGUUCCUCUAGACUAUGCCAACCCAUCUGCCGGAUCCAUCACCCUCUUUGGCCGCAGUGCAACCAAGCAUGAGGUCCCCAUCUUCCCUCCCGACGAGCUUCCCACUCCCAAGCCAUGGAUCGUCUAUCUUGAGGGCGGCCCGGGCUUUGGUAACCGAGAGCCUCAAGAUCACCCCCUGACGCGCACCGCACUGUCUCGUGGCUAUCAGGUGCUGUUUCUGGAUCAUCGAGGUGUCGGCCUGAGCACUCCUGUUUCUACAGCGAUGCUUGCCCGGCUGCCUGGGGGAAAUGGACCCAAUGCCGUCGAGAUCCAGACAAACUACCUGAAGCUUAUGCGUCAGGACAACACCGUCCGCGACUGCGAAGCUGUCCGCAAGCUCCUAACUGACGGCUUGCCCGAUCAAAAGGCCCAGUGGUCAAUCUUUGGCCAGUCAUACGGCGGCUUCAUCGCCAUCUCCUACCUGUCUCUCCACCCCGAAGGCCUGCGCGAGGUCUUCCUGACCGGCGGCCUCGCCCCAGUAGGUAAAACCGCCGAGCAGGUCUACGAGGCAACUUUCCAGAGAACCAUUGAGCGCAACGCCGCCUACUACCAAAAGUUCCCGGACGACGCAGAGACCCUGCGCCAGAUCGCGACGCACAUCGAGAAGGAGGGCGGCCAGCAGGGCCUCCCCUUGCCCGGGGGAGGCUUCUUAACGGUGCCCCGUCUAUUGACCAUUGGCAUUGCCUUUGGCGGCCACGGCGGCGUCGACCAGGUUCACGCCAUCCUUCUCCAGCUCAAGGCCUCGCUCGACCAGUUUGGCUUCCUCACGCGAGCUUCUCUCGCCCCCCUCGAGACUUUUACCGCUUUUGACACAAACAUCAUCUACGCCAUCCUCCACGAGGCCAUCUACUGCGACGGGCCCGGCAGUGUUUCCAACUGGGCUGCCCACCGUGUCGGCCAAUCCCUUCCGCAGUUCUCCUGGCUCAGCAGAGACAACGCUUCCGCCACUGCCCCCGGCCAGCCGCUCCUCUUCUCGGGGGAGAUGAUCUUUCCUUUCCACUUUGACACCUAUCCGGAGCUCAUCCCCUUGAAGGCUGCUGCCGAGCGGCUUGCCACUGCCUCUGACUGGCCGGCGCUCUACGAUAUCCAGCAGCUACACGAGAAUGAAGUUCCCGUCUAUGCAGCCUCUUACAUCCCCGACAUGUAUGUGGACUACGAGUUUGCCAAGAACACGGCGAAAUUGGUCAAGAACGUCAAGACGUUUGAGACAAACGUCAUGUACCACAACGCUGUGCGCGCAAAGGCCGAGGAAGUAAUGCAGAACUUGUUUUCCUUGCGAGAUGAUGUAAUAGAUUGA